GCAGCGACGAUGGCCAGCACCAGGAGUAUUGAGCUGGAGCACUUUGAGGAACGGGACAAAAGGCCGCGGCCGGGGUCGCGGAGAGGGGCACCCAGCUCCUCUGGGGGCAGCAGCAGCUCGGGCCCCAAGGGAAACGGGCUCAUCCCCAGCCCAGCGCACAGUGCCCACUGCAGCUUCUACCGCACGCGGACCCUGCAGGCCCUCAGCUCGGAGAAGAAGGCCAAGAAGGCGCGCUUCUACAGGAACGGGGACCGCUACUUCAAGGGCCUGGUGUUUGCCAUCUCCAGUGACCGCUUCCGGUCCUUCGAUGCGCUCCUGAUAGAGCUCACCCGCUCCCUGUCUGACAAUGUGAACCUGCCCCAGGGCGUCCGCACCAUCUACACCAUCGACGGCAGCCGGAAGGUCACCAGUCUGGACGAGCUGCUGGAAGGUGAGAGUUACGUGUGCGCAUCCAAUGAACCGUAUCGUAAAGUUGAUUACACCAAAAAUGUUAAUCCGAACUGGUCUGUGAACAUCAAGGGCGGGACAACCCGAGCCCUGGCUGCUGCCUCUUCUGUGAAAAGUGAAGUAAAAGAAAGUAAAGAUUUCAUCAAACCUAAAUUAGUGACUGUGAUUCGAAGUGGAGUGAAGCCUAGAAAAGCUGUGCGGAUCCUUCUGAAUAAAAAGACUGCUCACUCCUUUGAACAGGUCUUAACAGACAUCACCGAAGCCAUUAAAUUAGACUCAGGCGUAGUCAAGAGGCUCUGCACCCUGGACGGAAAGCAGGUUACUUGUCUGCAAGACUUUUUUGGUGAUGAUGAUGUUUUUAUUGCAUGUGGACCUGAAAAAUUCCGUUAUGCCCAAGAUGACUUUGUCCUCGAUCACAGCGAAUGCCGUGUCCUGAAGUCAUCUUAUUCUCGAUCCUCAGCUGUUAAAUAUUCUGGAUCCAAAAGCCCAGGGCUCUCUCGACGCAGCAAAUCACCAGCUUCAGUAAAGAGGGGUGGCCACUGCUCCAGUGCCUACUCUGCAACCAGAUCCCCAGUUAAUGGAACUCCCAGCAGCCAACUUUCCACUCCUAAAUCUACUAAAUCCUCCAGUUCCUCGCCAACUAGCCCAGGAAGUUUCAGAGGAUUAAAGCAGAUUUCUGCCCAUGGCAGAUCUUCUUCCAAUGUAAAUGGUGGACCUGAAUUGGAUCGUUGCAUGAGUCCUGAAGGUGUGAAUGGAAACAGGUGCUCUGAAUCAGCUCUUCUUGAGAAGUACAAAAUUGGGAAGGUCAUCGGUGAUGGCAAUUUCGCAGUUGUCAAAGAAUGUAUGGACAGGUCCACUGGAAAGGAGUUUGCCCUGAAGAUUAUAGACAAAGCCAAAUGUUGUGGAAAGGAGCACCUGAUUGAGAAUGAAGUGUCCAUCCUGCGCCGCGUGAAGCAUCCCAAUAUCAUCAUGCUGGUUGAGGAGAUGGAAACAGCAACGGAGCUCUUUCUGGUGAUGGAAUUAGUCAAAGGUGGAGAUCUCUUUGAUGCAAUUACUUCUUCAACCAAGUACACGGAGAGAGACGGCAGCGCCAUGGUGUACAACCUGGCCAACGCCCUCAGGUAUCUCCACGGCCUCAGCAUCGUGCACAGGGACAUCAAGCCCGAGAAUCUCUUGGUGUGUGAAUAUCCUGAUGGAACCAAGUCUUUGAAACUAGGAGACUUUGGGCUCGCCACUGUGGUGGAAGGCCCGUUGUACACAGUCUGUGGCACACCAACUUAUGUGGCUCCAGAAAUCAUUGCUGAAACUGGCUACGGCUUGAAGGUGGACAUCUGGGCGGCUGGUGUGAUCACCUACAUACUUCUUUGUGGAUUCCCACCAUUCCGCAGUGAGAACAAUCUCCAGGAAGAUCUCUUUGACCAGAUAUUGGCUGGAAAGCUGGAGUUUCCAGCCCCCUACUGGGAUAACAUCACGGACUCUGCUAAGGAAUUAAUCAGUCAAAUGCUUCAGGUAAACGUUGAAGCUCGGUGUACCGCGGGACAAAUCCUGAGUCACCCCUGGGUGUCAGAUGAUGCCUCCCAGGAGAAUAAUAUGCAAGCUGAGGUAACAGGUAAACUAAAACAGCACUUUAAUAAUGCGCUUCCCAAACAGAACAGCACCACCACUGGGGUCUCCGUCAUCAUGAACACGGCUCUAGAUAAGGAGGGGCAGAUUUUCUGCAGUAAGCACUGUCAAGACAGCAGCAGAGCCGGGACGGAGCAGGACUCUCCAGUGCCUCCCGCCGCCGAGGGGAGCCCUGUGUCCGGGGCGGCAGCCCUGGCUGCUGCCCCUCCGGAAUCUCCCGCACCCUCCUGUCCCCCUGCUGCCACAGGUGGUGAGCGGGCCGGGACCUGGCGCCGCCACCGAGACUGAGCCCUUGCACAGGCCAAGCCACCGCCUCCGCCACGCCAGGAGCCUGCUCUUGUGCUUGGCCUGGCCGUGCUGCCCUCACCAGGAGCCUUUCUCUGCAACUGGGAGCUUGUUGGCCUUGCCGGGCUGCAGGGGACAGGGGCCGGGUGCUCUGGAGCCUAGCACCGGCCGCGGCCUUCUCUGGUGCUCUGGACUCUGCCCUCUGGUUCCUGCAGGUGUCCCAGACCACAUCGGCUUUGCUGGCAGAUACUUGGAGUGACUCAUUUUAAAUUAUCCCUGAUUUCAGUUCAGUGGACAUUUUACAACCACACCAGGAGAAUGUGCAACUUUUAUCCAGCGUUAAAUGCAUUUUUAUAGAAACACUUGGAUGAACCAAGAGCUCUCCCUUAUUUAAGUAAACUCAGAGUGUUCCUUCUUGUUUUUUACAAAAGAUUUAGGACUGCAUUUGUCCCUUUGUGGGAGCCCUGUAAGAAGGGACAUGACACCUUCUUCUGCUGCAGGGGGAAGGGACUGACCUUCUAAUAGAAGAAGCGGACACUGAAGAAGAUAGUUUGGUCACUGGACAUUGAUGCCAAGUGCUCCUGGUUUGCCCACAAAGCUGCACAGCCAUUGGGCUGGGGUGCCAGCUCGUCUGAGGCUGGGUGUUUGUUUAUACACAGACGCAGGAGAAGGCCAGGUCUUCAGGUGUCUACCAGCUGUCCCGGGGCGUGUAUGAGGAUGUGCUAGGGAAGCCGCCUUCGGGGAUUUUAGGGAAAGGCUUGGCACCUGUGGCAUCAAAGGGGGCUUCUAUUCAGGCAGCUGCUGGCAGAGCAGAGUGAACACGGCUCCUGAGGGCCCCAGUGUCCCCCGUCGUUAUCUGCUGAUCUGGAGCCAGGCGGAAACCACACGGGAGGAAACUCGCGCGGGCACAGCCAGGGCCGGGGCAAGAGGGCGCUCCCUGGACAUCCUCUGUUAACUCCGGAAGGCUGCUGGCAGUUUUUCCUUUUUGUGCAUUGCCCUGCUCUUUUUAAUAAUUGUACAUAAUCGGUGUAUUUGUUUUAACCUGCUCAUCUUCUCAAUUGGCGGGCCCUCGGGUUCCUUCUUACUGUUAGAUUUUGCCUUUUACAAGUGUACCCAACCUGCAAUAAACUUUUCCCUCUUGA